ACCCUGGUAUAGAGAAAUACAUGACACAGUCUGCAUAGUGGGACAUUUAUCUAUAUAUCUAAUUGGUAUUUACCAAGCAUUAACCAUUUAGCAGUUCCGAUAUGUUACAAUAAUGCCUGGAUAAACAAUAACGCUUAAUAAAUAUGGCUUAAUGUGAAAUAAUACACAGCUGGAAAUUAGACCAUGCAAAACUUGCUUGCAGAGUGCUUGAACUUUUGAAAGAUGUGUUUUGAGUGGAUCUACACGACGGAGAAGUACAAGAACCGAAAAAAAGAGGAUGGCUUAGUUUCUGCUGUGUCGGGGUUCUUCCGACGAGGCGGCAGGAAAAUGGGGCUUGUACUGGGGCUGUUCAAACCCGAGCUUUCUGACUUCCAGAAGAGGAAAUUGCUAUACGAGUUCCAUACCUUCUUCGAUCUAAGCAAGGACGGUGAACUGGAAUGGAAGGACUUUGACCUGGCAAGACAGAAAAUCUGCGAGUUGAGCGGCUGGAAGGCGGGGACGCCCCGACACGUACAGACAAACGAGCUAUUCAAGGAAAUAUGGCGGCGUCUACAGGACGACGGGGAUGAGAAUUUCGACGGUAAAAUCUCAGAGGAUGAAUGGAUAAAGAUGUGGGAAUCGUUUAACCGUCAGUACAUAGAGCAGCUGCAGAAAAAGGAAUCAGGCGGGCCGGAGCCGACUGUCCCUGCGUGGCUGGAUAAAUACAUGGAGUACAAGUUCAACCUUCUGGACAGAACAGGUAACGGUUACGUAGAUGUGGACGAGUUCGAAUACGUGAUGUCAGACUUUGGCGUCUCGUCGCGGGAGGCACGGAACGCAUUCACCAUCUUUUCUCAGAAUAACGAGCGGAAGUUGGAUUUGGAGUACUUCAAGCAGUUAUGUACCGAAUACUACCGUAGCGAUGACCCGGGCGCGCUAGGCAACUUCAUAAAUGGCAAGCUAGACUUCCUGGAAUAAGUACUGCGCAUUGGAUAACCAGAAACACACUAUGAAAUUUAAGGUUUCAACUUUGACUAGAAAUCAUAAUAUACAACUUUGUAACAAACUUACAAUAUACAAACUAUAAACACAUUUGCAAUUGAUAACUGAAAAUCAAAGUGGUGAGAUUAGCAGCUGAAUAGAACUUACUUGUUCCAAAAUCAACGGAAUAAAUUGAUUUGGACUAUUUUAUAGGACUCAUAGAAGACAUGCUUCUGUGCACUCGUAGAUGUCUUUAGUUGCAAACUUACAUUCUUAUAGACAACGGAAUAAGCGGCAGAGCUAUUUUAUUAUUAAUUCUUUCAACAACUAAAUGUCUGUAAUAACUGUGCAGUCGGUUAUAACAUGAAACCCAAAAUGAUUUCAUUAUAUCUACCACGUAUCACACUCUUAUUUGUAAAGAAUAAAUAGCAUUUAUCCAAUUUAGGAAAAAGUUAUGUUAUAUAUGCAAGUCCAUUCCAAAUCGUUAUACUUAUAAACGUUAUAUUAGCAAACCAUUGCAAUAAACAUUCUCAACCAUUUUUUCUUUUACAGAAAACUGCGCAAUCAAAACUUUGUAAAUUGUGUAAUUAUCAUGUAUGUUUUGCAUUCAUAUUAUCGGUGUUAAAGAGAUUAGACACCAGAUGGUCCCAAAAACGGCAAAUACAGUACACAAGCAUAGACCUUUCAAUACGAACUAGUAUGAGGCCGAUUAUACAUCAUUUGAUUAGUACAGAUACAUAUACCUACGCUAUUCUUAAAUUUACUGGGAUUUACCAAGUAGGCAAACCCAGUAAAUUUCGAAUUGGAAAAAUACACAAAAACGGCAAAAGAUGCACGUGUCGUAAGCUAUGUGAUACCGCAGGCCGUAAGAUCCAAUGCGUUUUAUAAAACGAUAUAAAUUUAUUAUUUGACCAAAAAUAGUCCUGGAAUGGUAUCAUCUGGUGUCUAGUGCCUUUAAUUUUAUGACAGUAUAUUUAAUUUCAUGGCAGUAUACAGUACUUGUCUUCAUUCCUACUCUGUUUGCUUGUGUAGAUGAAUGAGUGUAUGGAUAGUGGCAUUGAUUGAGAAAUGGAUUGGUUUAUGACGUUGAAUAUCUUGUUACUUGACUUACCCUGUAGCUUAUAUUGUAUUAUUUAUGAUUGAUUUGUGAGUGAGUCAGUGAUCGAGUGAUUCAUGGACUGAUUAUGAUCAGUCAUUAGUGCAAUGAUCUUUACAUCUGUUAUAAUUUAUUUACAUGUUUUCACUAUCUACCACAUGAUAUUGCGUCUACAGCAAUGUAUUGAGAUCAUAAGCUUUCCUUGAACAUAAUAAACAUCGAUAAUACA